GAGAGAGAGAAGAAAUUUUUAAGUAUUUGGAAAGGUACGACAUUUUUACCAUCUCUUAUCUUUGGCCACCACUUGCACCACUCAAAUCGUACGGUACUAUUUCUCCAUCUCAUGGUGUAUAAAUAAAGAGGGGAUUUGAGAAGAUAGUUUAUGGCAAUUACAACAAUAAGCUCAUCAAACAAUAUGAGCCACGACGAAAGCAGCAACAACAACAACAACAAGCCGGCGGUAGUUGAUGAUGAUCACGAGCAUGAUAUGGUGAUGCCCGGGUUUCGCUUCCACCCGACCGAAGAAGAGCUGGUGGAGUUCUACCUUCGCCGUAAGGUAGAGGGAAAGCGAUUCAACGUUGAACUCAUCACUUUUCUGGAUCUUUAUCGCUAUGACCCUUGGGAGCUUCCUGCCUUGGCAGCAAUUGGAGAGAAGGAAUGGUUCUUCUAUGUGCCUAGAGACCGCAAGUAUCGAAACGGGGAUCGACCCAACCGUGUUACAACUUCCGGCUAUUGGAAGGCAACCGGAGCUGACAGGAUGAUCCGGACUGAGAACUUCCGCUCAAUUGGGCUCAAGAAAACCCUAGUUUUCUACUCUGGCAAAGCUCCCAAGGGCAUCCGUACCAGUUGGAUCAUGAACGAGUAUCGCUUGCCACAUCAUGAAACUGAACGCUAUCAGAAGGCAGAAAUAUCACUCUGCCGCGUAUACAAGAGACCCGGAGUUGAAGACCACCCUUCUCUCCCUCGUUCUCUUCCAUCAAGGGCAUCAUCAUCAUCAUCAUCUAGAGUGGCUCAGUCGUCGGGUAGAAAGGCGCAGCCUGAUCAGACGUCGACGGUUCACAAUUCCAUGGGAAACUUGCAAGCUUUUGGAGGACAAUUAUCACAGCAAAUUGAGGUUGAAAAAAUGAACGAAACAGAUGGGAGCAGUAAUUCAGAUGUGACGACAGCUCUUGGGCUUUCCAAGCACAAUUCAUUCCAAUCUCCAAUGGAGGAGGAGGAAGCUGCAGGAAUAAUGCUGAUGCACCACUCAAAGCAACCAAUCUUCACACCCGGCUCUUCUACUUCUGUGCCAUCUAGUCACGUUGUGGAUGAUCUUCAUAGACUAGUGAAUUACCAACAAGCUCACGCUUCAAUUAUGAGUCAGCAACAACACUAUUACAAUGCUCAUCAUCAUCAUCAUCAUCAUCACCCCACCCAAUUCUCAGGCUUGCCAGUGCCAGUGCCAUCACAUUCACAUUCACAAUCACAACAACCACUUCCCCUCAGCACACUCCCCAACGUGCUUCCAACCGCCUUCUCCGAUAGACUUUGGGACUGGAAUCCGAUCCCUGAGGCGGCAAACCGAGACUACACCAAUCCCUUCAAGUAAUCAAAGCUAGCACAUAGAUAAUACUAUAUAUACACUUGAUGUUAAUUUUA